AUGUCUUCCACGGCCGGGCAAGUUAUUAAAUGUCGUGCCGCAGUUGCUUGGGAAGCUGGAAAGCCUCUUAGCAUUGAAGAAGUCGAAGUCGCCCCUCCCAAAGCGCAUGAAGUUCGUAUCAAAAUUCUCUAUACUGGCGUUUGUCACACUGAUGCUUACACCUUAUCCGGUGCUGACUCCGAAGGUGUAUUCCCUGUUAUCUUAGGUCAUGAAGGCGGUGGUAUCGUUGAAUCCGUCGGAGAAGGAGUUACUGACGUCGCUCCUGGUGACCACGUCAUUCCCCUCUACACUGCUGAAUGUAAAAAGUGUAAAUUCUGUACCAGUGGUAAGACUAAUCUCUGCGGGUCUGUCAGAGCCACUCAAGGCCGUGGUUUGAUGCCUGAUGAAACUACACGUUUCACCUGUAAAGGCCAAUCUAUUUACCAUUAUAUGGGCACCUCUACAUUUUCCGAGUACACUGUGGUUGCCGAUGUCUCUGUUGUCAAGGUUGAUCCCAAGCCCAGCCUUCAAAAACUUUGCCUUUUAGGUUGUGGUAUCACCACUGGCUAUGGCGCUGCCACCAAAACCGUACAAGUUGCUGAAGGUGACAAUAUUGCCGUUUUCGGUGCAGGCUGCAUUGGUUUAAGUGUCAUUCAAGGUGCUGUUCAAAAUAAAGCAAAGAGAAUUAUUGCUAUCGAUAUAAAUGACAAGAAAGAAAAAGUGGCUCGUGAAUUUGGUGCUACUGAAUUUAUUAAUCCAACUAAAUUGGAUAUUCCUAUUCAGCAACACCUUGUCAACAUCACUGAUGGUGGUCUAGAAUACACUUUUGAUUGCACUGGUAAUGUAGAUGUAAUGCGUGCCGCUCUUGAAUCUUGCCAUAAGGGUUGGGGUGAAUCUGUGAUUAUCGGUGUCGCUGCUGCUGGAAAGGAAAUCUCUACUCGUCCUUUCCAACUAGUAACAGGUCGUGUCUGGCGUGGGUCUGCAUUUGGUGGAGUUAAGGGAAGAUCUGAAAUGGGUGGCCUCAUUGAAAAAUAUCAACGCGGUGAACUGAAGAUCGACGAAUUUAUCACUCAUACUUUCGAUUUGGAACAGAUUAACGAUGCUUUUGAAGCUAUGCACAGUGGAGACUGUAUCCGUUCUGUUCUCACUCUCCAAAAAGAGUAA